GCAACCUGGACACAACAUAUUGAAGCGCGACGCAUUGCAUGGCAUGGUGGCUUGUUUUCUCUUCAAGUUCUCAUGUUGGUGUAGCAGGUGUUGUUGUUUAGGUAGCGCAUAGCAGAACUGAGGAGGCUGUACGAGCGCUUCCAUCUGUCCUUUGCAAGCGCUGCAUCGAGUUUUUCAAACUCAUCUGUCGGUAGCUUUUUCUUGUGCAAAAUGAAGACGAUUGGAAACGCUGCUGGGGUCGAUGACGAAGGUGCAGACAAGUACAACAAAAAGUCAAGAACAGCAAGCCAAUUACCUCAGCUCUCCUUCUAUGGAUCUGGGAAGUUCCUGCGUAUGUUGUGCGUGUACGCCGUCUACCAGUACCUGGAGACCACAAGCGCAUCCUUGAUCCAGUUUGUCUUCUGGUGCCUGCUCGGGUCUGCCCUGGCGUUCCUUGUCAUUCAGCAGCCAUGGAAGGGCAGACCACUGCCAUCUAGCCAGUGGGCACCUACAGUGAUCAAUGGGUUUGUUCUAGCGAUGUCUCUGCUGCUGUGGGGCCAUGCGCUGCGGACGUCAGGCGUCAUAAGGACUAUAGUUGCAGAAUAUGCUGGAGUUGCUGUUGGAGGCAUCUCCAUGCUGUUCCUGAGCAAAAGGGGAAACCGUGCACGGAAGAUCCAGGGCCUCCUCAGCCUGGCCGCGGCUUUCUUCAUGUUCUCACGGGGGUGGUCGUCGGCUACAUCCUCGCCCUUCUUGAAGCUUCGCCAGCUCGUGAACAGCGAUAUGCAACCCGCCACCAGCGACUCAGCGGACGCUGGACAAGUCUCUAUGCUGGUUCCCGUGGCAGCUGGCCUCAUGGCUGCUGCGCGGAGGCUGCUGGCACGGCGGGUAGCUCUGAAGACGCAGAGCAAGAAGCGGAUGCAAGCGAUCACUGUGAUCUCUGCAGCUCUCUUCAUGGCACCGAUGGCGUUCUUCGAGUAUCUUAGCCUGGGGAACUCCGAGGGACAACCGUACGCAGGAUCAGUCAUUGGUGUGCACUUGGCCUUCAUUGUCUUCGGUAUCGUGCUCCACUUUUACGUGGAGAGCUUUGGGGAGGACAGGCUUAACAUCAACUCUUCCUCCCCAAUGAGCGUGGCAUUUACGCUUGGCUCUGUAGCGGCAGUCGAGCUGUUCAACAAGGGCGACUUCUCUGUGUUGGGGUUUGCACUGUGCUCCUCAGUGCUGGCGCUUGGGGUUCACUUGUCGGGCUCAGUCGAGAUAUCCAGGAGGGAGGCUGCAGCGAUUGGUCUGGUGCCGGACGACAAGGAGAAGCAGAGGAGGGGGGCGACCGCCCUGCUCCCUGGCCCCGUGGCGCAUCUGUGGGCGGACCAGAAGUCGAGAAAGAUAGCAAGUUUUCUCCUCAUAAACACCAUCUUCAUGGUCGUGGAGUUCGUCUACGGAUUCUUCAGCAACAGCUUGGGACUCAUUUCCGACGCCUGCCACAUGCUCUUUGAUUGCGCUGCGCUUGCAAUCGGUCUGUACGCCUCCUACAUCGCCCGGCUGCCGUCAACAGCCAAGUACCCCUAUGGGUACGGGCGGUACGAGGUGCUGUCAGGAUACGUGAACGCCAUCUUCCUGGUGUUUGUGGCGACGUUGAUCAUCCUGGAGUCCAUCGAGCGUGUCCUGGAGCCGCCCGACAUUUCCACCGACAAGCUGAUGCUCGUCUCGGUCGGCGGCUUUUUGGUCAACAUGAUCGGCUUGCUCUUCUUCCACGAGGCGCACAUGCACUCGCACGGCCACGACUGCGGAGGGGGGCAUUCACACAGCCACGGUGGGCAUUCACACGGCCACGAUCAUUCGCACCAGCACGAUCACGAGCACGGGCAUGCGCACGAGGGACAUGCGCACAGUCACGAGCACGGGGAGACGUGCAGCGGGGGGCAUUCACACCACGAUCACGAUCAUGGCCACAAGCACGACCACGAGCACGGAGCCCAUUUACACCAUGAUCAUGACCAUGACGGUGGGCAUGCACACAACAGAAGCGAGCAUUCCCACGAUCACACACAUGCCCACGAGCACAAGCAUUUACACGAGCACGGGCAUGCCCACGAGCACGAACAUUCGAACCCAAAACACGAGCAUUCACACCAUGAGCACGAGCACUCCCCCAGCCCUGGCGCGCACCAGCACAGCCCGAGCUGCGAUCACGGUCACAGUCACGACCAUCGCCACAGCCACGAUCACGCUCACGGCCACACUGAGGGGGCUGCUGCGCAAGACGGGGAGAACGGGCACGUUCAAGUGCAUGGGCAUGAGCAGCAGCCGGGCACGCCGGAGAGUCGGUGGAGCGAAUCGAGCCUUGCUCAGGGGGGAGGAACGGCGAAGGGGGACAGCCACGGGCACGCCCAUGGCGACGAGGAGUUCCAGAUCAAGAGCCGGGUGGGGCGGCACGCGCACGGUCACGAGGAGCGGAGCGCGUCCCCGCAGGAGCCCAGUUCGCAUUUACACCACCACGUGAAGCUGGAGGAGCCUGUUCACACCCACAGCCAUGCCCAUCACGGGCACUCGCACGAGGACCACAACAUGCGGGGGAUCUUCUUGCACGUGUUGGCGGACACGCUGGGGAGCGUCGGGGUGAUCAUCUCCACGGCGCUUAUCCAGUACUGCGGGUGGGUGCUGGCGGACCCGGUGUGCAGCAUCUUCAUCAGCCUGCUCAUCGUGAGCAGCGUCAUCCCGCUGCUGCAGACCACAGGGGAGCUGCUGCUGCAGCGCGUGCCGGCCAGCCUCGAGCGCGACGUGCAGACGCACCUCGGCACGGUGGACGACAUGGAGGGCGUGCUAAGUUGUCGGAAGGCCCACUUCUGGAGCUUCACCCCCAAGAUGACGGUGGGCAGCCUGUGCGUCAGGGUCACGCAGCGGGUGAACAAGCAGGAUAUCAGGUUGCGCAUCGCCAACCUCUUCAAGUCAGCGGGCAUCAGCCAUCUGACAGUGGAGAUUGAGGACGAUUCGGCGACGGAUGGCUUGUAUGGGGCAUACAGCCCGUCAAUACGAAGCCCCAAGACGCGUUUCAUUUGGGACCCCCCCACCGGACCCAACACGCCUCGAAGCGGGUAGUUAGAAGAAGUUUCCGUGCACCCAGUCGUUUGCCUGAGGGCUUAUUUUGUUCACCUGUCCGAAGCUGCGCACUAAAAAUGCUGUUGCUUGAGAGUCCUUGUCCUCACAUGGUCCGCUUCUCAUCGAAGCAAAGCCACUUGCUUUCUUAUUUUCAUGUCUGAUUUUCAUGCACUAGACUUGGGCUCGUACUUGGGCUGAUUUUCAAAUGGACUUUGCUGACUUCUAUCACCGUUACACCGCUCUGG